AGAAAACACUAGUUUUUCUGUAAAUAACGGAUUUAGAUUUUUCCGUUAAAAAGUGGGAGUGAUUUCCGGUCGCCAUGGCGAACGCUCACCGGACAAACGUCCUGGUCACGUCGUGUCUGAAGACGCCGGUAGACCCGCACACCAAGGCGCCGUUAGCCUCCUACGAGCGGGAGAGAGCGUUACCGUACACGGCCACGGGUCUCAUGGACAACCGGGACUACGAGAAGGAGCUGGAGUACGAGGACUCGGGCUCUGAUUUCUGCGACGAGGACUAUUUGGCGAAGGGCGGUUCUCUCAUGAUGACUGACUGCAGAGCGGCGGGAGACCGCCUCGACCUGAGCGAGAUCUUCUUCUCCAACGAGGAGUACUACAGCAAGCUGGAGGAGCUGAAGAGGGCCCACCUCCGCACCAUGAGCGAGCUGGAGAGCAUGUACCGGCGCAAACUGCAGCUCAAGGCCAUGGAGCCUCUGGACGUGAUGAUGCCGGAGACGGGCCGGCACAGGCUGCCGUGGGCCAUCAGCAGCCCGGCAGCUUCACGCCGUUUGAGGAAGUCGCUGUCUGCCGUGGAGCUCAGGAGGGGCUCCGCACAGUCCGACUCCUCAGACGAAGACGAGGCUGUCGGUAACGACGUGGAGAAGGGCCUGCUCUUUUCUCCCAAAGAACACAUCAAGAACAUGUGGCAGGACUUCAAGCUGUCCCCUCACCAUCGCCACCUGACGUCCUCCUCCGUGCACAGCCUGCCGGCGGACUACAAGAGACCGCGGAAGGGGAAAGAAAAGAAGAGGCAGAAAGACGGAGAGCGGGAGCAGUGGAAACACAGGAUGACCGUCCCCAAACCUUUCCAGAUGAUGCUGCGCGAGGCCGACAGGCGAAAGCGCGGCAUAAAGACGCGUUCGGAGGUGGAGCAGGAGAACGCAGAGCUCCGCCGGCAGCUGGAGGAGCUGACCGAGUGCCAGAGGAAGUUCCGUGCCAGCCCCGUACCGGCUCACGUUCACCUCCCGCUGUACGGGGAGCUGCAGGAGCGCAACGAAGAACGGCGGCGGAGAAGAGAGCGCGAAGAUCUUCGGAGCAUCCAGAAGCCGUUCAGCUUCCUGGAGAGGGAGCGUCUGAAGAAGGAGCAGAAACAGCUGCGUCACCCGCAGCCGUCCGACCAGGAGAAACUCAAACCCUUCAAGGCCAAGCCGGUGCCCAAGUCGGUGUACGCCGCCGCAUCGGGGGAGCAGAUGAAGGAGGAGCAGCUGUACCGCUCCAUCAAGAUCCAGAUGAGAGCUGAGGAGAUGCUCCACAGCGCCUCGAUGCCUCCCAGCAUGCUCGAGCGACGACUCAGCGACCGCAAGAAGAACAGAGACGGCGCCGCUUCAGGGGACGACACCUUCUCGCACAGACCGCAUAUCAACAAGGAGGUGCCCGACUUCGACGCCAGCUACAGACGCUUCCAGAGACACCUGGAGAAACACAAAGAGGUGAAGCCCACAACAGCGUGCGAACCCUUCGACCUGAGGACGUCACACCUCACCUCGCACCGUGACCGCAUCCUGGCCGACAUCGAGAAGGAGCAGAGCAGCCCUCGGUUGACGCGCUGGCCGUACGUCAGCCCCGGGCCGACUCGGACGCCAAACUCCAGUCUGUGCUCGUCGCUCUCUGGCAGCCUGGAGAUCCUGCCCACCAAAGUCACAGACGCCACCAAAAAGCGCCAUGAGGCCGUGAGAAAGGUGCUGGAGCAGAGGAAGAAGGCCGAGGAGGAGGAGGAGCGCUGGAGGGAGAGGCAGAAGCUGAGGGAGAAGAAGCUGCAGAGGGUGGUGCUGAAGCGCGCCCAAGCCAACGACCCCCACCUGGCUCUCGCACAGACGCACCAGACCAAACUCAAAGAGUUCAGGAAGCAGGAGCUGCAGCGCAGGAGGGAGUACCAGCAGGAGGUCAGAGAGAUGCAGCGGAGAGUGAAGGGGCGGCCGCUGCUGCUGGAGCAGGUCGCACAGAGAAACGCCAAACUGGCAGCGGAGAAGCGCUACGCGGACGCUCUGCACGGAUGUGAUCUAACUGAGGAGUUUAUCAGCAGUAAGGCGGUCAAAUCAGGAUCUGCACGCAAAACCUCACCGUGCAGCGACAGCAAACAGAGUGACCCAGAGGACCCCGACAUGGGAUACAAACCUGUUUACUACAGAAAAGUCUUCCUGGAUGAUGAUGACGACGUGGAGUCGGACAGACGGGACGGAGGGAGCAGCGCGGCGUCGCCAAACCACGGCGAUGGAGACGACGCCAGCAGCCGCCAGUCAGGGCAGGAUUAUCAUGGAGAUGAUGCCGAUGAGCAAUAUUCAGAUGAAAGUUACCAUUACUCAGACGAUCAUGAGAAUUAUUCAGACGACAGCGAGAAAGAUGCCGACACCGCGCAGCAGGAAGCAGGGGAGUAAUGUCAUCAAAUGUCCAAAAGUCUGACGGAGAAAACGGAGCAAAUCAAGGAGAAACACGGGAGAAGACACGUCUUAUUCCCUGAAAGAUAACAUGCUGUAUUUUAUGUAAAUAUUAUACUCAUAAGAAUGGAAAAUGUGACAUCUUUAACCCACAACAACAUUGAUUUGAUCUGAAAUUACCUCCUUGAUUAUUAUAUUUCGUCACAACAUAUUAACCCCUUCAAACCUGGAAUUGGCUUCAUUUCUUUCAAAAACAUCAGAAGCAGGCAAAAAAAAACUUAG